CUAAGCUAAUGUACGUUGUUUUAUUCUAGUGUGUUAAAUGAUUGAAGGUCUUAGGAAUACAUGCUGCAGUUUGUUAUUUUCUAUCAACGUAUUAGUAGCAGUGCUAAGAAUAGCCCUUAUAUUAUUAAUAUACCUUACUAUUAUAUUAUUUCGAUAGGUAAAGAACUUAUUAGACAAUUUAAGUGAAGGUCUGUCCCAUUAAAGCUCUAGCAAUGACAAUACGUAAGACGAGCAAGCUUUUGUGUUUGGCUUUUGUCUUUAUUAUCAUUAGUGUCAGCUUGUAUGCAAUAAUGAAUAUACAUUCUAACUACCAUGACAUCAAUAGUUCCAGUUUCCAGAGAGAUACAUUUCCCAUUCAUCAGACGUCAGAUCCUCAAAAUGUAGAAUCUGGUACGGCUAAAAAUGUCCGAUCAUUAUCCAAUACCAACCAUCAAUCGUCAUCACCUACUUUCAAGACCGAGCCCAGUGAUCAGGCGUCAAAAAAUGUUUCAAACGCCGAGCCGAAUCAUCAGACAAAAAAACAUACACCCGACAAAAAGACAACCAUUUUUUCGAAUACUACUUCCAGUCAUAAUGCUUCACUAACUAAUUCAAAUGAAACAUCUGAACCUAAUAUGUUGGAAAGUAUCUCCUAUACCACGCCCUAUCAGCCAACGUCAUCAACUAUUCCUAAUGCCAAGUCUAAUCCUAUGACGCCAGAAGUCAGCCCCAUUACCACAUCUGAUCAGCACAAAUCAGCGAUUAGCUCAGAUACCACAUCACUUGAUAAUACACACGUUUCUUACUCCAAGACAACGUCCAAUCAGCAGACGUCAGACAAUAUGACUAAUCAAACAUCACAAGCUGAAACAUUGACAACUAUACAACAACAAUCGACAACCAUAACCUCUACCGUAGAGGACAUUACUAAUAAGAAUUAUAAGUCUCAAAAUAAUAUCAUCCAUGAGGACCCAAGCGGUCAAGAUGAUAAAACAAAUAUAACUUCCAUAUUUGUCGGCCUUGUUGUCGGUAUUAGCCUGAUAGUUUCACUGGCCUAUGUAUGCUUUCGAGUACAAAAAAGAAAACAAACAAUGCGCGGAUCUACAUAUGUACCUUUGAUUAACUAUGAAGAUGAUACAGAUCAAGUUGAUGGGCUUUAAAAUACGUUUUGUACUAUUAGAAAUCCAUUCAUAAAAAGCUGCUUUAAUUUAAAAACUAAUGUAGGCUAAGGAUAAGACAUCUAUGGCAAGCUUAAGUCUGCAGAAGUUAGGCUGACUUUAAACAUAAGAGUUAUCUGUCUUAGAAACACAUAUAAUAAAAAUUAAAAACAACCGCUAAUUACUACUAUUUAUCUGAAAAUUACAGUGUUUAGCUCCCUAUCUUCUAUAUAGAAAAUUAAUUAGAACUAAAUGAUUGACUUACUGGUUAAUUUUUUGUUUUAUUGUUUCGUGUAUUGUUAUCGCCUAUUUACAUCACUACUCUGUAUAAACCUGCUUAUUAUGGGUUAGGGAUUUCUACUUAAUCCGAAAUGGGAAGUGGAAGAUAAAUAUUCACACUACAUAAUGAGGGGACUAAAUCCAUAAAUUUAUCCACAUCUCACAUUAAGUAGCAUUUACUCCCCUUAUUUACGAAUCAAAGAAAAUAAUUAAUCACCAACAAUUGAUUAACUGUUUAAUUUUUUGAUGUAGGCCUAGUCCUGCCAGGUCCAAUAAGUAAAAGUGCAAAGUUUUAACAUGAUCCCAGAGCAGAAAAUGGAAGAAAAAAAACAUGUUUACCAGAGUCGAUAUAAGCUUUGUAAAAAAAAUGCUACUUUUAUAACUCAGAUUUGUAUACCAGAUGUCUACUCUCAGCUAAAUUAUAGACCUAAUAUUCCUUAAGAGGUUAUCAUUGACCAAAAUGCAAUUCUAGCGAUGAAUCUCCACAGAUUAUUUCAACUAUACUUGCAGGUUGAUGUCAUAAUGAUAACAAUAGUUACAAACAGCUAACACCAUUCCGAUAUUCUACUAUCGAUACUUAGAGUCAGUUAAAGCAAAAUGAACACUUUGUACAUAGCAUGUGUGAUUACGGAUAUAUGCAUGUACUGUCUGGAUUUGAUAAUACUUUAUCACAAGGAAGAUUUUAUACUGAAAUGCCAGUUGAUUCGUAUUAAUUGUUGAAAAACACAUUAAACAGUACCAUUUGAUAACUGUAUUUUCCCCUUGUGUCUAAUUGAUAUUUGAUUUACAAUAAAAGGCAAUGCUAAAACUACAAGGUCACUGACAAGACAAUGUCAAAUCAUAUUGACCUUCUGUAAAAAAAAUAAUUCUUAGAAAAAUGCAAAACAUAUUAAUUUAUUGUUGUAUAAUUUAAUAAAAAGGAUGACAAAAGUAGACAUAUUAAAAGAGAACCUAAAUCAAUCACUCAGGGACGCCCUAAUAUUCCUGAAUUCUAGAUCUCAGUCUUCACCAAGGACCCCAGGUUUGGAAGACAAGCAAUUAAUCACUCAGCCACUGCAUCUUCUUUUGAAGGUAUACAAGAUGAACUUAUAGUUCAACAUUUGGAUUUGAACAUUGUUGGUCUUGGACAGUGUGCAACACUUUUCUAUGGAAUGGGACAUUGUAACGUGAUGAGGCUCUCUUUAGUAAUAUAAGCACCAAGCAUCAAAGUCAUAUUUAUAUAAAUAAUUUUUUCUUAACACUGUAAACACUAUUCUCUUUAUCUUCCUCCAUUUUGGUUCUCUCUCCUUAAACACGUAUUUGCACCAUUCCAUAUACACACUAAGAUGCUCACGUGACAGACAUUAACAGACCAUGGUGAACAGAAUGGAAUGAGAAGUCAAAUCUAAAAUACAAGUUAUUAUUUUACUGUAAGAAACAAGAUAACAAUCUGAAAAAUAGAAACACAUUAUUUUAAAACAAAUUUUGUUUAUAUGCCUUUUAUUAUUUCAACAUAACAAUCUAAUCAUUAAAUAAGAACAAUCUGGUAUAAACUUUGUCACAUGUAAAUUAUGAGUGAGUCUGGUGUGAAUGUACACUUUGGUUUCUUAUAGUUAUAGUGUUUGUUAUAGUUAUAAUGUAAUGCACAAAUUGUGAGACAAAUUUCCAUACGGACAAUAAAGAUUAUUAUUAUUAUUAUUAUAUUAUUAUAGCAGUAAUUUAUCUUGGAUGAAAUAGCAUUACACAAAGUUUUUUUGUUGUUGUUUGUUUUCAUGAGAGUUCAGCAACUUCUGAUUAGAACUAGCCUUGCAAGAGUCAAUUUAAAAACCUAAGCUAGGGUUGCAAAAAUCAGUGCAAAGUUUUCAGAGCAGAGUUAAACUGUAUGACUUCAACCAGUGAUAGUUCAUAUUGGUCUUUUAUUUCUUUGAAAAAGUAUUCAGGUGCCUGGAAGAAAAUGAGACAAAAAAAUGUAUUUAUUUUUUAGUACUUGACUAAGUUUUUAAAACUUUGUAGCUUUAUAUACAGACAUACAGUGAAUAGAUUUGUUGGCACAUUAUUUUACUUACAGUCUCACUAAACAGCUUCAUGUCCCACAACAUUUUCCCAUUGAUGUUGUAUAAUAAAGACGAUAAUCUGAAAGUCAAAAGAAAACAAGAAAAACCAUAACAGAUAAUUUUU